GGCUGGAUCAGGUCCUGGCCCUAAGCUCCCGGUUCCAAGGUUCUGGGUCUCAGUCCUGGCGCGGAGCAGACAGCUGGCGCGAUGAUGACCGUCUGGCUGGUGCCCGUCGGGCAGAAGCUGCUGCUCUGGGGCGCGCUCAGCGCCCUCACCCUGGCGGGCGCCACCCUCAUCCUGAGCUUCCUGCAGAUGAUGGCGAGCUAUGCACAUAACUGGCUGCAAAUGAGGCCCAUCCCUAGCAUUUCGGGCGCCUACCCCUUUGUGGGACACGCGCUGCUCCAGAAGUCAGGAGGGAAAGAGUUUUUCCAGCAGCUGAUUCAUUGCACUGGACACAACAGACAUGUGCCAAUGCUAAAACUCUGGCUUGGUACAGUACCAGUAAUAGCCAUGUAUAAGGCCGAAACUAUAGAGGUAAUUUUAAGUAGCUCAAAGCAAAUUGACAAGUCUCAUCUGUACAGGUUUGUACAACCAUGGCUUGGCCUAGGACUUCUUACAAGUACUGGAGACAAAUGGCGCUAUAGGAGAAAACUGUUAACACCCACUUUCCAUUUUACCAUUCUGGAAGAGUUCUUAGAUGUCAUGAAUGAACAAGCCAACAUAUUGGUUAAUAAGCUUGAAAAACAUGUUGACGGAGAAAAAUUUAACUGCUUUUUUUACAUCACUCUUUGUGCCUUAGAUAUCAUCUGUGAAACAGCUAUGGGCAAGAAUAUUGAUGCUCAGACUAAUGAUGAUUCUGAGUAUGUCCGUGCAGUUUAUAGGAUGACUGAUUUGCUACAUCACAGAAUGAGGACGAUUUGGUUCUGGCAUGACGUUUUGUACCUUUUGUUUAAAGAAGGAAGGGAACACAAAAGGAACCUAAAGAUCUUACAUAAUUUUACCAACAAUGUCAUCAAUGAACGGGCCAAUGAAAUAAAGAGAGAAGAAGAACAUAAAAGUGAUGACAAGGGCACGACCCCCUCCAACAGAAAACGCAAGGCUUUCCUCGACUUGCUUUUAAAUGUGGUGGAUGAUGAAGGGAACAAGCUAAGCCAUGAGGCUAUUCGAGAAGAAGUGGACACUUUCAUGUUUGAGGGCCAUGACACAACUGCAGCUGGAAUAAACUGGGCCUUGUACCUAUUGGGCUGCUACCCAGAAGUCCAGAAAAAAGUGGACAAUGAGCUGGACGAAGUGUUUGGGAAUUCUGAUCGCCCUGUUACCUUAGAAGACCUGAAGAAACUUAAAUAUCUGGAGUGUGUUAUUAAGGAGACCCUUCGUAUUUUUCCUCCUGUGCCUAUAAUUGCCCGUGGUCUUAAUGAAGAUUGUGAUGUUGGGGGGUACAACGUUGUGAAAGGCUCUCAAAUACUCAUCAUUCCCUACGCACUGCAUAGAGACCCGAAGGUCUUCCCAGACCCUGAGGAGUUCAAGCCAGAGCGAUUCUUUCCCGAGAAUUCGAUCGGACGCCAUCCAUACGCCUAUGUGCCCUUCUCUGCUGGACCCAGAAACUGUAUAGGUCAAAGGUUUGCCAUGAUGGAAGAAAAGGUCGUUCUUUCAUGCAUCCUGAGGCAUUUUUGGGUCGAAUCCACCCAGAAAAGAGAAGAACUUGGUCUGGCAGGAGAGGUCAUUCUUCGUCCUACUAAUGGCAUCUGGAUCAAGUUGAAGAGGAGAAACGCAGAUGCAUCCUAACUGUAUUAUUGGGAAUAAUAUUGUAUUAUUAUA